GCCAGAGCAUUCUGAGGCAAACUGUCACCAUUUUUUUUCCAGAGGCGAACAUCUCUAUCUAAAGAGACGACUCCAUGAGCCACAGGAGAGGGUAAAAUGAAGCAUGAAACAUUUUGAACAAAUCCCAGAUCCAUCACCCAAAUCUGCCAGAAUCCAAAUCCGGAUGUCAUGAAUUGAGAAUUGCACGCGUAAAAGGGAGGAGCAAACGGUCGACUUUAUACCAAGUUCCACGCGCACACACACACACACACACAGAGCGAGAGAGAGACGCAGCAGGAUGUGUGGUGGAAGCGAUCGCUCAGUUCAGAGUUAGAGGCAGCGCAGAGGGAAGUUGCUGAAGCACGGUGCAGCCUUGUGCCGUACGGCACCGCUGUUUAUGGACCUUUUCACCAUCCGAGCCGAGCGAUGGCUAAGAUCCGGGUCUCGUAUGAGUACUCGGAGGCGGAGGACCGCAGCAUUCGGCUCGGCCUCUUCCUGAUCGCGUGCGGCGUGCUGUCGCUCUUCAUCCUGUGCUUGUGCUGGCUGAGUCCGGCGCUGCAGAGUCUGCGCAGCCGCCCGGCCAACUGCACGGUGCUGAGCGUGCGCCGCCUGGACGAGCGCUUCGAGUGCGUGUUCACGUGCGGCGCGGACUGUCGCGGCACGUCGCUCUACCCCUGCCUGCAGAUCUUCGUCAACAACUCGGCAUCCGGCGCCACCGCGCUGCUCCACUACGACGAACAGCAGCUGCUGCUCAACCCCAAGUGUUCUUAUGUUCCCAAAUGCGAGCGAGAUAACCAGAAGAUGCGAGAAGACAUCCUAAGGUUACAACACUACUGGAGUGAAGAGGGUAGUAACCAGUCCUUCACCUGCUUCUUCAAUCCUCAGAGGAGGCCAGAUGAUGUGCUUUGGCAACGUUCCCAUGAUGCCAGUGUGCUUUUGCACUGCGUGCUGUGGCCGAUGCUGAGUCUGCUGGUUGGGACGCUCAUUGUACUCCUUACAGUUUGUGCUCGCAGCUUGGCCGUGCGAGCCGAGGCCAUUCAAAAGCGGAAGUUCUCCUAAGAACCACUGUGGACUAACACAUAUUCAUUUGGUUUCUGAGGUGCGUCUGCACACGGCAACCGCUUGCAAAGCUGUGGAGCAUCUAUAGCUGAAACCGAUAUGUUCUAUGUGGGGCUAAAAGCCUGGGAAGUGUGGGCCGUUCUGGUGUCACUGCUCUGGUAAGUCCAGAUUACUUAGGCCUAGCUGAGGACAAUCUAUCAUUUUCAUAGGAGUAGAAGUACCCAUGCAAUGCUUGUUGGUUUUUGUUUGUCAUAGGUGUGUGGGGCUGAUCCAACAAAAUAAAACUGCUGUUCUUAAGUGGUAUUUGUGUUAUGUCUAUUAAAGCCAUAUAGACAAAUAGUAGGCUACACAAAGCAACUUUGCUGUUUUUCCUCAGUUGCUCUGGUGUAACGAUAAUCUGUUUUCAUUCCACGUCAGUGCUUGUCUCUUCGUACCAUUUCCAUCUGUGUGAUCUGUUCCUAUUUUAGUUCCUACAGGACAGGCUAAGCUAUCAGUAGCAUGAUCUGAUGUUUUAAGUAGCAUUUGCUAAUGUAGCAAGAAAUAAAACAUUGUCUAUUGAGUAGCUAUGUAUUUGGGCACCUUUUUCUACCUCUUCCAUGUCUCAUGCAUUGGCAAAUAUGCCAUUAACAUUCCUUUAUUUAAACUUUUCCAUGUCUCAUUGCUUAUUGUUAAUAACUCACGCAAGUAAAAUGCACACUGCUUUACCUUAUGACACACUUAGCAUGUGAUGCUAUAUUGUUGAUUGUUUAUUGAAUUCUGCCUUGUGCCCACUAAAUGUGAGGUAUUGUAACUCAAAGUUCAUAUUAAUGUCACUCAAACAUCAGUGUCUUGAACAUCACUGAUUGAUUUCUAUCAGUAUCUGUUAUACACUUCAGUCGUUUUAGGGCCGUACACAGUCUGUGACUUGCACCGUUAACUUUACUCCAAAUACGCUAAUAUUCACGCAGGGAAAGUUCUUCAUAUGCAGAUUUGAUCCAGUUUGAUCAUGGUAAUGUACAGCAGGUAAUAAAAAAUAAUGGUGAAGCAGACAAACUAAGAAACACUUGAUUUUUCACCUUUUCACCAUAUACAUACAUUUUGUAGCAUUGUCCAAAUUCUCUGUAGACAAAUAGCAUUCCCUGGCUAGUUUACAAGAUUAUUAUCCAUAGUGCAUUGUAAAAUCCAGUGUCCAACCAAUAUACACUACCUCAACACUAAAUACCACAGAUAUAAUGAAUUUCCUUCAGCUUAAAAUGCUUAUUUAAUAAAAAUAAAAUUAAUAUGUGGCCAUGGCUUAUUAAGGGAACAGGAGCCUAAUGCAUGGCCACAAAUGAGAUCAAAAUAAUUAUGUCGUGGGAACAAGAUAAUUAUGUCAUGGAACAAGAUAAUUAUGUCAUAGGAACAAGAUAAUUACGUUGUGGGGACAAGUUAAUUACGUAUUGGGAACAAGAUAUUUACAUAGUGAGAACAAGAUAAUUACAUCAUGGGAACAAGAUAAUUGCAUUGUUGGAACAAGAUAAUUAAGUUUUGGGAACAAGAUGAUUAAUUCAUUGGAACAAGAUAUUUACAUAGUGGGAACAAGAUAAUUGUGUAGUGGGGAAAAAGAUAAUUAAUUCAUGGGAACAAGUAAUUAUGUAUUGGGAAUGAGAAAAAUAAUGGUUUGGGAACAAGAUAAUUAAGUUUAAGGUCACAUUUUUAUAAGGCUAUAUGAUUGUGACCUCAAAACUGGUGUGUGCAGAUUUUACAGUAGCCACCUGUGGGAAAACAUUGCCACUUGUCUGUUUUAUUGAAGACGCAGACACUAGAAAAAUUUACAUGCACACUUUAAACUAUAUUAUUAAUAUACUCGACGUAACUUUUUUCCAUACACUAUAUAAUUAAUUUGUUCAUGUUGCAUUAAUUUAUUCAACGAAAACAGUCUAUUUUUAUGUAAAUAGUGUAUAAUAUACAAUAAUAAUGAACGGCUCUAUGAUUUACAAUAUCUAAAUGAUGGUACAGAUGAUGGAUUGAUGGUUCUUUAAUAUGAAAUCAGUUUAAUGUGAUCUGGUGGUUACCAUAAAACCCUGUAUAUAUGCGCAUUCCACUUUUGAGGCACAACACAAUGGUCAUGUAUUAUUAAGAUGUAGAAAAACACAUUUGUUUACCAAAAAUAUAAAAAUAUUGUGGCUUCUACCAAAGUUAGUAGUGUAUUUAAUACAGAAAAUCACUUUCUGUAACAUUUUUGCAUUAGCAGGUCACUACGAUGCUUUUCAGUAGUGUUUUCUAAAUUCAGUGUCUCCCUUAAUCCUGCUAGAUAUAGUGCUCCAUAAAACAGUGUAUGUACUGAAUAGUGAGUGAGUGGCUGAGGAAGUGAUUUCAGACCACUGAGAUCUGCAGUAUUUGCACGUUCACAGAUCUAGUACCACCGUCCAGAAAGCAGUAAGCUUUGGGGUGGUAAAAAAAACCAAACUCUGUAGCAGCAUCUUAUCAAGUGAAAAUAUUUUGAAAACUAUAUAAAUAUAUCUAGGAUUUCAUAUUAUAAAGAUUACAAUAAAUCUUUAAAUAUAAGAUUAUAAACCUAUUACUAGAUUUUUUUUUACUAAUUUAAAGUUUUAAAUGAUAUUAUUCUAUUAGUAGAUAAUUUUGCUUUGUUCUAGAAAUAAAUGCUUAAAAAAUCUCAAAAAAAAAAAAAAAACAACUCAAGACUAUUUUAAGCUUGAAAUUAGUCCAAAUGUCUAGAAAUACAUUUAAUAAUCUUAUUUUUGGUUUACUGUAAUCUUAUAAUAGGAAAUACUAAAUAAAUUUGACUAUAUUUCAGAUAUUUUCACUCCAUUUUCUGCAGUGUGGAUGAUUCAUAUGAAUAGUUAUAUUGUGAAUUGUGAAUAUAUUCGCAAUUUCAUUUUUAUGUAUUUAAUAUUGCCCUCAAAUACCGUUCCAUAGUCUUUGUGUGUAUUUACAUUGCCCAGGGUGAAAUAUAUUAUGCUUACAACAAAUAGUCAGACAGCAGUGUGAGAUAUUUAUGCAGUGGAUAGUCAAAAGAAAUUUUGACUUAAGUGCAAGGUCAAAAUUGUGCAUAAUGAAGACGCCCCAGUUCUGAGAUCUGAAUACUGACACAAUUUCAGUACCAAAUUCUCACUCACUAUCUUUAAUCAGUGGUUAAAAAGAUUUAUUAAAACUAUCAUGUGGUAUGUCCAUAGACCAUACAACCAGGAUGCACCAGCAUAUGCAGGUAAAUUACAAAUAACUGUCCUAGCUAGAAGAAUUAUAUAUUUAGCAAAUAUUGUUAUUCGUGUUGCUUGUUGGCUGGAUUGGUGUUUGAGUGAUAUUAAUAUAAAAUUGAACAAUAUUGAGUAACUUAAAAUUACCUCAAUUUUUAGCCAGAGUCUUCUGAAAAGUAAAAGAAAAAAAACCUUGAUAUGUAUGAGCAAUAUUUUAUUUUAUUAAAGCCCCUCAAGGUGUCCAUAUUUUUUUUUAUAAAGUUUUUUUUUAUACAAUAGUUUGAACACAAAAAUGGAUCUUACCAAACUUUGAACAGUUUAGACUCUUUAUUUAUACAGUAACACAGCUCUGUUGAAUUCUUAAUUCUGAUUGGUAGGAAGGCAUUGAUUAAUUUGCUAGAACAGCAGCUUUGACAGUAGUGCCAGCUGUAUGGCAAAUCACAGCUUUAUAUUAAUGCACUUGUUCGAAAAAUUUCUAUAGUGACAAUGUACUAUACCUCUAAGAAGACAUAGACACUCACAUACUUUAGGUCUAACCAUUUCUUUUGUUAUUUAUCAAAGAAAUGUAUAAUCUUUGCUAUGGUGAAGUUUUCUGUAAGGAGAUGUUUAUUUACUGUUUGUAGAAGGAGUCUCCAGUGUCAGUGCUUUGAGCUUAAAGCUAUUCCUUUACAUUGUCUGCUGUGGGAGAGUCUUUGAGUGUUGUGGUUUGUCAGUAACAUGACAAGCUGCAUUUUUGUCUUAGUAACUUCAAGCGUGGCUGAUGAUGGACAAAACAGUUUAUAGCUGCUAUAACUUAAGUAACAGGAACCAAUUUGUUUUGCGGGCAAAUUUGUUCCACAACUUUAACUAUACUGUAACUAUAAAUGGAUAAGAGAUAGUGUGUGUCAUUCUACCAUCGCUGUGGUAUAAGAAGAAUAAAGCACUUCAGGAUGUGCUGUUCAUGGGAAAUUCUUGGUACCGUAUCAUUGAUUAUUUUCUUUUAACAGCAUACUCUUAUGUUUUUAUUUCCUUGCUUAAUACUUAGCCAGGAAGAGAUUUAGAAUACAGUAGCCUGAAAACUAUGACGAUUAUGAUAAAUCUGUAAUAUGGAUUUGUUCAUACUUGAGUAAAUAAAAUCCAAUUUAUACUCAGUAAUUAAAAUUAGUAUUUUUAUUUAUAACUCAGUGUAGACUUAUCAGCCUCAGGUUACUGCUGCUGUAACCCACACAUGCCAUUAGCUGUCUAACAGUUAUUGUACAUAUGCCUUUACUUGUGUCAACCAUUGUACUGUACAAUACCUUGCAUAAGUAUUCACCCCCCUUUUUAACAUUUUGUAAUGUUAUAACCUGGAACUGUAAUGGACUUAAUUGGGCUUAUGUCAUGACUCUACUCAAAAUAACCACUAAUAUUAAAGAAUUUUUAAAAAAAUGUAAUUAAUAGUUAGCAAAAUGAUCUACAAAUAGAAACGAUAAAAAUUAUGAGUGCAUAAGUAUUCACUCCCAUUGCUGUGACCUGAAGUCACAUAAUUAGUGAAAUGGUAUUGACCUGUGUGCAAUUAAAGUGUGACAUGGUCUCAAUAAUAAAUAGAGAACAUACCUAAACAAACAGCAUAAUUUUUUAUAACAGCAGUUAUGACAGUAUGCAGAUGUCAGAUACAAGGCAAAUCACAGGUUUCUAUUAAUGCUGUAGUUGUAAUCUGUUAUCAUUUCUAUAGUGCAGACAAAUGUGUAAUUUAAGUCUAAGAAUAAACAGAUUUUUUAAAAGUGUUGUUAUUUAACAAAGAAAAAUAUCAAUUCUUUGCCAUGGAGAACUUCUCUGUAAGAUGUUUAUUUAAUAUUUAUGGAAGCAGUCUCCAUUGUUAGCACUUUGAGGUAAAGCUGGAGAGAGCCACAGCUCAGACAGGAGAGGACAACAAUGCCUUAGACACUUCACAAUUCUGGACUUUAUGGAAGAGUGCUGAGGAAAAAAAGCUAAUAUUGAAAAAAAAAGCCAUAUGAAAUGUGCUUUCUGGUCUGAUGAAAACAAAAUUGAACUUGUCAGCCUUGGUACGAAGCACUACAUUUGGAAAACCAAGACUGCUCGUCACUCUGAGAACACCAUCCCUAUAUUUGAAGCAUGGUGGUGGUAGCAUCAUGUUGUGUGGAUGCUUUUCAUCAGCAGAGACUAGGAAACUGGUCAAGGUUGAGGGCAAGGUGGAUAGAAACAAUUACAGGGUAAUCCUAGAAGAAAACCUGUUCUACUUUGCAAGAGACCUGAGACAAUACCCCUAAGCAUACUGACAAAGCUACACUGGAGUGGCUCAAAACCGAGACCCAGACCUCAAUCUGAUUAACAAUCUAUGGCAAGACUUAUGGUGAAAAUUGCUUUUCAUCAAUGGUCUCCAUCCAAUCUGUCAGAGCCUGAGCAAUUUUUUCGAGAAGAAUGAGCAAAAAUAUCAGGAUCCAGAUGUCCAAAGCAGAUAGAGACAUAUCCCAGAAGACCCGCAGCUGUAAUUGCAGGAGGAAUACUUAUGCAACCAACAUAUCUGCAUUUUUAUUUAAUUAAUAUUUUAUUUGAGUCACAAUUAAAAAAAUGCACCUUCAAAUGUUUGAUAUAUUGUGUAAAUUAAACGUUAGAAAUUCCAGUGAAGUCCAUUACUAUUCCAGGUUGCAACACUAAAAAAGUGAUAAAGUUUGCAAGGCACUGUAUAUAAUAUCAUUUCAGUGAAUCUGUACUUUCUCUUUCCUGUUAAGUUCUGAUUCCUGAGAAAAAGGUGGUAAUACAAUUAUGAAAUUGUAUUACAAAUGGUAUAUUUAAGACACUGCAAAACCAUUUUGACCUUUAUCUUGCCACGCGCCAGCAAUUUGUGAAUAUUUAGUAUGAAGAAGCAGUCAGUAUUUUUAACUACUGCUUAUAGUUUUACUGCGGAUUGCAAAUGAAUUAAAUUAAUCAAAAUGGAUCCAACGCCAGCUUUUGAAUUGAAAUUGGAAACAUGUUUAGAAAAAAUGGAACAGAUCAGUGUUAAUUGGGCAUAGUACAUCGAAGGGUGUGGCAAACGAUAGCAAACGUUUAAAAGAAUAAAUGAUUUUUGAUCAGAAUUCCUAAAAUUUGUGGUUUUGGGCCACGAAAAAUGAUCCACCAUUUUCCCGACCACAUUGCAGCGUUUUAGUCAAGCUUAUUUCAGAUUGUUUCAUGUUUGUGCAAAGUCUGAUGAUGUGUUUUUUUUCUUGUUGAGUUUUCUACAACUGUGUAAUUGUUAUAAUACCCAAGUUGAAUGUUUGUCUAUUGCUACCUUCAGGAUUUGUACCUGUUUAAAUACAUUUACCUAGUAGGUAACUGGUCAACUGCUAAAAUGCAGCACCUUAACAAAAAGCACUGAUGAAUGUACGUUUUCAAAUACUUUCGGAUACAUACAAUUCAGUGCCAUGAUUUUAGAGGCAAGGAUGACUUGCAUAUCACCAGGUCAGUUUCUAAAUUUUACAAAAUGGAAAAGUCGGAUAUGCUCUGUCCCUCUUGCUCCCCAAAUACUGUAACUUUCAUAUCUGUUGUUCAUAUCAUGGCUUAAACCAAUGAAUGUACUCAUAUUGUUUAGAUAUGGAAAGUUCCUAAGAGUGCACUAAUCACAGUAAUGAUUACUGAUAUUAAUGAUAUUGGUAUUGAUAUUAUUGACAUGUCAGACCAAUAGGCCAUAUUGAGAAUAAACAUAUCAAAGAGUACGGUUUAGAGAGAAUCCACACGAUGGAUAUUAUAUCUCAGUGAGUAGUGCCUGAUUUAGAUAUUUUACCAUCACUGAAAAAUAAAAUCUGGAAUUAUA